CAGAAACCUGCUGGAGGGUCAGAAAUUCUAGCGUUUUACUCAUUUCUUUCGGUAUAAUGGUGGUGCUGGUCAAGAUAUCCAAGGAACAAGCGUGAUUGCGAAUCUUCCAUUUCUGAUGCGACAGAACCCUACUGAGACACUUCGGAGAAUCUUGCCAAAAGUCAGAGAGGUCCUGCAUGUUGCAGGAGUGGAAAUGCAGUUAACGGCUGCGGUAUCAUUUUUGACCAUUCUACAGGAAGAAUCAGUGUCGAUUCAUACAUAUGCCCACUCCUUCCUCCAAGUCAUUCUACUGCAUCUGGAGCACAGGGACGCAGGUGUCAGCAACGCAUGGCUGGAAACUCUUCUGUCUGUGAUAGAAGUAUUGCCCAAAGAAACCCUAAGGCAUGAGAUUUUGAAUCCACUUGUUUCCAAGGCACAACUUUCCCAAACAGUCCAGUCUCGUUUAGUUAGUUGUAAAAUUUUAGGAAAAUUGACCAACAAAUUUGAUGCCCUUGCCAUUAAAAGAGAAAUUCUUCCCUUGGUAAAAUCACUCUGUCAAGAUGUAGAGUACGAAGUUCGAUCUUGUAUGUGUCGGCAAUUAGAAAAUAUAGCUCAGGGCAUUGGGACAGAACUUACAAAAAGUGUGGUGCUCCCUGAAUUAAUAGAACUUUCUAGGGAUGAAGGCAGCAGUGUGCGGCUUGCAGCUUUUGAAACUUUGGUUAAUCUGCUCGACAUAUUUGAUACAGAUGACAGAAGUCAAACUAUACUUCCCUUAGUGAAAUCGUUUUGUGAAAAAUCUUUCAAAGCAGAUGAAUCAAUUCUUAUUUCCUUAUCUUUCCAUUUAGGAAAACUAUGCCAUGGACUAUAUGGAAUAUUUACUCCAGAUCAACACUUGAGAUUUUUGGAGUUUUAUAAGAAACUUUGUACAUUGGGUUUGCAACAGGAAAAUGGACACAAUGAAAACCAGAUUCCACCCCAAAUCUUAGAGCAGGAGAAGAAAUAUAUUUCAGUACGGAAGAACUGUGCUUAUAACUUUCCGGCCAUGAUUGUUUUUGUUGAUCCUAAAAAUUUCCACAUGGAUCUCUAUUCUACAUUCUUCUGCCUUUGUCAUGACCCUGAAGUACCAGUCAGAUACACUAUUGCUAUUUGCUUUUAUGAAGUGUCUAAACUUCUGAAUUCUGGAGUGUAUUUAAUACAUAAAGAACUAAUAACAUUAUUACAAGAUGAAUCAUUGGAGGUACUAGAUGCUCUCAUAGAUCAUCUUCCAGAAAUCCUGGAACUUAUGUCUACUGGUGGAGAAAGCAGUGUUCAAGAAAAUAAGUUAUCAUCUCUCCCUGACUUGAUUCCAGCUCUCACAGCUGCUGAGCAGCGAGCUGCAGCCUCUUUAAAGUGGAGAACUCACGAGAAGCUGCUCCAGAAAUACGCCUGUCUGCCGCACGUCAUAUCAAGUGAUCAGAUUUAUUAUCGUUUCUUGCAAAGAAUGUUCACAAUCAUGAUGACAAAUAAUGUCUUACCUGUCCAAAAGGCCGCUUCACGAACUCUAUGCAUUUUUCUACGUUAUAAUCGUAAACAAGAACAGAGACACGAGGUCAUUCAAAAAUUAAUUGAACAACUGGGCCAAGGAAAAAGUUAUUGGAAUAGACUCCGAUUUUUGGAUACCUGUGAAUUUAUUAUAGAGAUCUUUUCCAAAUCAUUUUUCUGUAAAUAUUUCUUUCUACCUGCUAUUGAACUGACACAUGAUCCAGUAGCAAAUGUGAGAAUGAAACUUUGCUACUUGUUGCCCAAAGUGAAAUCUACCCUGAAGAUCCCUGCAGAUAAACAUCUACUUCAACAGUUAGAAAUGUGUGUGAGAAAACUCCUCUGUCAAGAAAAAGAUAAAGAUGUUCUGGCCACUGUGAAAAGAACUGUGUUAGAGUUGGACAGAAUGGAAAUGUCCAUGGACGCUUUUCAGAAAAAAUUUUAUGAAAAAGAUUUGUUGGAUCAAGAGAAAGAAAGAGAAGAGCUACUUCUUUUGGAAAUGGAACAAUUAGAAAAAGAAAAGCAACAAAAUGAUGGAAGGCCCAUGAGUGAUAAAACCUUUGAAAAGAAACGUAGAGACACCAAGACACCAACAACUCUGCCCAAGAACAUCCCCAUUUCUGUCCCCGGACCCACUUCUGGCACCCAAUCCACAAGCAAAGAAAUCAAGAAAUCCAAAUUGAUUCGAAGCCACUCUUUUAAUAAUCAAGCUUUUCAUGCAAAAUAUGGCAACUUAGACAAGUGUGCUGGUAAAAGUUCUACAGCAGCAUAUACACCUUCUGUCUCAGGGUUAACAAAGACUUCUGUGAUUUCACUAACUGAUGAUUCAUUCCGGACGCGUAAUGCCACUAGUGCUCCCAGUUCCUUUUCCUCUAAUACUCCCCUGCCCAGCACCUCCCGAGGGACAGGCAACUCAGGUGAUCCCAAGAGCAGUGGAAGUAAAGAUACACAACCACGGAAGGCUGCCUUAAAAUCCAGAAAAUCCAAUCCUUAGAUCAUCUGCUUGAAGGAGGCAAAGCAAAGACAACUGGAGAUAAUGUGAUCGAUGGACAAAAGCUAAAGCAAUGGCUCGGGCUUUUUUUUUUUUUUUUCUUUUUUAAUGAAUGGGAAAGAGAGA